AUGCAGGAUAAUGAAGUGGACUUUGGAGUGUGUUAUGGAAUGUUAGGGAAUCUGCCCAGCCCGCGCGAGGUGGUAGAGUUGUUAAAGCGCCACAACAUCGGAAAAGUGAGAAUUUUCGAGGCUCAUCACGAAGCUCUGAGAGCCCUGGAAAACACUGGCAUAGAAGUAAUACUGGGAGUGAGGAACGAGGAGCUUGAGAAGAUAGCAGGCAACCAGGCGGCAGCCAACGGGUGGGUGAAGGACAACGUUUGCACCUUCUACCCGGCGGCCAACAUCAAAUACAUUUCAGUGGGAAACGAGGUGUUGCAUUACGGAAACGAGAAAUAUGUCUCAUAUCUCGUCCCUGCAAUGCGAAACAUUCAGACCGCACUCCGCAACGCCAAUCUGCACAAGGAUAUAAGGGUGUCCACCACCCACGCCUCAUUUAUUGCAAAUUCUUCUGCCCUUACUCCGAUAGGUGAUGGCGAUUCUGGAUCACUCGGGGGAGAGCGCCCUGACAAAGAGGGCGUUAAGAAUUUUGGCCAUGUCAUCCCUCCAGGUUUGUCAAAUGCACUCCCUGGCAAAGAUGGGUUUAAGAGUUUUGGCCAUGCCAUCCCUCUAGGUUUGUCGAAUGGUGCUCAAGAUACCAAUUUUAAUUUUGCAAACCCUAACUCGCGAUGUUUUUUGGACUCUUCUUUUGUCAGUUUUGGUGCUGGGAAUUACUUGCAGGUUGUGCAACAUGGGUUUGGUGUUUCGGUGGCCAGAUCACCUCCUGCUCAUCGCCUGAGGCGCUUUUCGGAUUGUGGUAUUGGGAUCUCUACCUUUGGCUCGAAUGUUGUCCCGUUGCCUCCUCCCUUUGUGCUGAGCCACAUUGUGAGAAUGCUCAAGCGUGUUGAGGAUGUAAUAAACGAGCACUGCAAUGAAAUUUGUGUGCUGGGGAAUUCUUAUCCGCCUUCGCAGGGAAAGUUCCGCAACGAUCUCAAGAGCACGCUCCGCCCCCUGCUGAACUUGUUGGCUGAGAACGGGUCUCCAUUCAUGGCGAAUGUGUACCCUUAUUUCAGCUAUGCCGGCAACAAGGCCCACAUAUCCCUAGACUAUGCGCUCUUCAAGCCCUCUGCCCCGGUGGUCCACGACGAAGGUCGUGAAUACAGGAACUUGUUCGAUGCCAUGGUGGACGCUCUCAUUGCCGCGUGUGAGAGAGCGGGACAUCCAGACCUACCCCUGCUCGUUACAGAGAGUGGGUGGCCCUCUGCGGGAGAUGAUCAUGAUCAUGAGGCCCGGGCGGCCACCAUGGACAACGCCAGGGUCUACAAUAACAACCUCAUCAGGCACGUCUCCUCCAACCAGGGAACGCCCAGGAGACCUGGAAAGCCCAUCCACACCUACGUUUUCUCCUUGUUCAACGAGAAUUUGAAGCCCGGACCAGAGAUCGAGCACCAUUUCGCCCUCUUCUAUCCCAAUAAAAAUCCAGUUUACCCCGUCAACUUCACUCCCUACUAGGUGUGACGGUAUGGACGUCCUUUCCUAUCACUCACCAAUAAAACA